AUGGCUCGUUGUGUGCGUUCCAUCAAUAGUUACUGGAAAGCGUUGAAACAACGCUAUGCGCAGCCACCUAGAGAAGCAUAUGUGGCAUUUCCCCUGAUUGCAGCACAAGCAAGCAUCCAGUCUUCCAAAGUACCGCUGGUACUAAAGGUAUAUCAUCUGCCACAAUCGAGCCCAGCAAUGCAACACCUACAAGAAAGAGCUGGAGGAUAUCUGUUUACGGGUGCAUUACCUUGUAACCGGCGACGAGCAGACAAGAGGUUCGGAGCGCGUGCGGCAAGAAAUUUGAUCAUUUCCGGCAUGAAUUUUGCGCGGCACAUUGAAGAGAGUGAAAUCCUUUUGGCUAAAGGGUUAUCCCAUCUGAACACUCGAAAUAAGAAACCCCGUAAACAGAACCCUCAUAAAACUGAAGGACAUCGAGGCUGA